AAAGUCUGCCGGCGGCCCCACCGCCCUCGGCCGCGCCUCGGCUCGGAGGCUCGCCUCGCCGCCGCAGCGGCCCCGCGAGGAGGAGGAGCCGCCGCCGCAGCAUCAAAGAGACCGACUUCCCGCGGCCUGGGGGGGAGUCAUGCUUCGCGGUCUGUAAUGUCAGCAGAACAGGAGAAGGAUCCCAUUUCGCUGAAGAGAGUUCGAGGUGGUGAUAGUGGACUGGAUGGGUUAGGAGGACCAGGUGUUCAACUAGGAAGCCCAGAUAAGAAAAAACGGAAGACAAAUACACAGGGGCCUUCUUUUCCUCCAUUGUCUGAGUAUGCUCCACCACCGAAUCCAAACUCUGACCAUCUAGUGGCUGCUAAUCCAUUUGAUGACAACUAUAAUACUAUUUCCUAUAAACCACUACCUUCAUCAAAUCCAUAUCUUGGCCCUGGCUAUCCUGGCUUUGGAGGUUAUAGCACAUUCAGAAUGCCACCUCACGUUCCUCCAAGAAUGUCUUCCCCAUACUGUGGUCCUUACUCACUCAGGAAUCAGCCACACCCAUUUCCUCAGAAUCCUUUGGGCAUGGGUUUUAAUCGACCUCAUGCUUUUAACUUUGGGCCACAUGAUAAUUCAAGUUUUGGAAAUCCACCUUAUAAUAACGCACUAAGUCAGAAUGUUAACAUGCCUAAUCAACAUUUUAGACAAAAUCCUGCUGAAAACUUCAAUCAGAUUCCUCCACAGAAUGCUAGCCAAGUGUCUAACCCUGACUUGGCAUCUAACUUUGUCCCUGGAAAUAAUUCAAAUUUUACUUCUCCAUUAGAAUCCAAUCAUUCUUUUAUUCCUCCCCCAAACACUUUUGGUCAAGCAAAAGCACCACCCCCAAAACAAGACUUUAAUCAAGGAGCAACCAAAAACGCUAAUCAAAAUUCCUCUGCUCAUCCGCCUCACUUAAAUAUGGAUGACACAGUGAAUCAGAGUAAUAUUGAAUUAAAAAAUGUUAAUCGAAACAAUGCAGUAAAUCAAGAGAAUAGCCGUUCGAGUAGCACUGAAGCUACAAACAACAGCCAUGCAAAUGGGACGCAGAAUAAGCCACGACAACCUAGAGGUGCGGCAGAUACGUGCACCACUGAAAAAAGCAAUAAAUCCUCUCUCCACCCAAGCCGUCAUGGCCAUUCUUCUUCCGACCCAGUGUAUCCUUGCGGAAUUUGUACAAAUGAAGUGAAUGAUGAUCAGGAUGCCAUCUUAUGUGAAGCCUCUUGUCAGAAAUGGUUUCACCGGAUCUGUACUGGAAUGACUGAAACAGCUUAUGGCCUCCUGACUGCGGAAGCCUCAGCAGUGUGGGGCUGUGACACCUGUAUGGCUGACAAAGACGUCCAGCUAAUGCGCACUAGAGAAACGUUUGGUCCACCUGCAGUGGGCAGUGAUGCUUAAUCACGGCCAGUAACUAAAGUGGGUUUUUUUUCCUGUGUAUUACAGAAGUUCAGUGACACAGGAUUUUAAUGUUUUACAUUAUUUUUUUAAAUGCACACACAAGAUUAUUUACCUUUUAGUUUUUAUUAAUAUUCCACUUCAGUACUAGUGCAAAUUUUGUAUCAUUGUUUGCUAUCUUCAAUGAGAAUAAUGUAUAUGAGGUGCUUUAGGAAGUACUAUACAAAUAAAUGUUAUUUGUUGUUGUUAAUCAUAAACAGAAAAGCCUCUUGAAGCUUCAAAAUAAUAUGUAGCAAAUGUAGGCAAGUUUUGACUUUUAAAAGAAUCAUUGAAAAAUGUGUACUUCAGCGCUGAACUUUGGCAAUAUCACAUUAAACAGUUCAAAAAUUUUUCAAGGAUCCAUUUAACGUGUUUUCAGGAAAAAUUUAUGUAGCUAUAACAUGAAAGGAACCAUACGUUUUAAUGGAUGUUUUUAAAAUAAAUAGGGUAUGACACCAGAUUCCUCCCCACCCUGGGUCCUUGAAAUUAGUGACUUUCUUAUUUUUAAGUCAGUCUUUCCAGGAUAUCUGUUUGUAGAGAGAUGAGACAGAUGUUAGCAUAGAGUAGAUGCUCCGUAAGUAUUCAUUGAUUGACUUGUGGAUUGUACCACAUGAAAUUGCUAAUAUUAGAUCAGUUGAAAAUUGACUACAAUUAGUAGAGUUGACAUAAAGGUAUGUUUCUAGUUGUGCUAUUUAGAAUUAUUAUAAUAUGCUCUUCAAUCUUCAAUUUUCUUUGAUUAUUGAGUUGCAUUGUUUUCCGGAGAAAUAAAUAAUAUAGUAUCCUCAGAGGAAUUGCGAAUAGCUUUUCUAAUAUGAUUUCAAACUGCAACAUAUUGCAAGUGAGACAGGUAGAAACAUCAAUUAGGCGUUACAAGGCUCUGCUAGCGAAAGAACUACUCAGUGGUGGUUUGAAAACUCUUGUUCUGGGGAUCUGAAUUCAAAAAUGAGCCCCAGGAGAGAUCAAAAUCAAUUUUAAGCAAAGACCAAUUAAGAGCCAAGGUGAAAGCUAACUCAACAGUUCGAGGCCUGCAGCAGACAGGAGUUUCUGCUAUGACUGGGAAAAGUGUAAAAAUGGACCCAAAGUAUCCUCUUGAGAGAUGAUAAAGAACGGAGAUGGUUGAAGGGGAAGUCAUUAAGAUUCAAAACAGCAGAAACCUAUUUUUGGAGAGGAUCAUAACAUGUGACCACACAAAAAAAAAGAUACUGUAUCACAAUUGAUAGCAGUUUAUACAAUGGUUGGAUGUUGGUGAAGCUCCCAAACUUGUGCAGUCAUUAUCAUUGCAACCAAAAAAGUCCUGAAGACUGUAUGGUGAUCUGCGAAAGGGAUAAUUGACUACUACUGUUUAAACCCUGGUGAAACUACAGCAACAGCAUAUUGCCAAGAAAUUAAAAUUAUGCAUGAAAAAUUUAAUUAAAAAACGUCCUUUGAUUAAUAAACAUGAACUUACACUUUUACAUGACAGCACUUGACCUCACAUGUCACAAGCCACUAAAGCAAAGUUAAUUGAAUUGGGCUGUUAAAUCUGGUCAUGUCCGUUGUAGUCACCAGCCGUUUAUCCAGUCAGCUACUGUCUUUUUCAUCAUUUAGAGCUUUUUCUAAGAAACAACAUACUCUCCAGUUGAGAAGCAGUAAUUGGAGGAUUUGAACAAUUUAUACAGCCUAACAUGAUGAAUUUUAUAAAAAUGAAAUAUUUAAUUAGCUAUUAGAAGAAAAUUAUUAAUGCUCAUGCGUAUUUUGAUUGAAUAAAACUUAUUUUUUUAAAUACAGUGUUUUAAUUUUGACCUACGAAAACAGCAAUUUCAUAUGGUACAAGGUAAUAUAAGGUUUUCUCCAUUUACCUGUGACUAGUUAGAGGUGAGUACAAAGUAUUUUCAAUAGUUGUAAAAUAUAUAUCUUUACAGUUUUAGGAAAUGAAAUGAUAGAAACUAUAAUACUAGGUACUCCUUUGUGUGAAAACUUUACCAGUUGAGGCAGAUUAAAAUUCAGUAUUUUUGGCUGACUCUGAUAUUUGAUAUGUUCAGUAGCAUACUUGAAGAUCCCAUUUUGCUUACAUUGUAGCUUUUGUUAGAGAUACAUAAUUUUUUAAAUGUUUAAGGACCUAGUUAUGUUUUUCUUGAAAUCCUAGUGAGUGCUAAUUUUUAAGAAAUGAUGCACUGCAUGUAUGCCCAGUCCUAGUAUCAGAUCAUGAUUUUUUAUGACUGAAUACAGUUAAAUAGAUAUUGAGUAGAACCUUCCAGUGUCGGCAGGAGUUAACACUUUAUGUGGUAUACUUGAGUUAUGCUCAUUGCUAAAAUUCUGUAGUUCGUAAGCCUUCUGUUGCUUACAGUUUCAGUAGUUAGUUGUUUUGUGAAAAUGAAAUAACCUCUCCCGAGCUAAAGAUACUUGAUUUGUAAUGUGAUUCUUACAUUUUCCAUUUCCAAGUAGCUGUUUUUUAAAACUUACAAACAAGUGAAUUUUUAUUCAAGUAUUUAGGUCUUCAGAGCACCUUACUUAAAUAGGAAUCUGUAAAUACUCAAAAGAAAAACCCGUAGUUGAUUUUGCCAAUGAAUCACAGGCAAACUAUAAUCAUGACUGAUGAAUGUUUUCAUGUAUUUGAAUUAAUUUUCUUACUGGUUCCACAUUUGUUUCUACAUAACACUAAGUCCAAAGUUAUCUAGAUCUUUUUGGUAGGGAAAGUGAUGAACUAUAAGAAUGGCCAGAUACUGAUUUGCCCUAUUUGACCAAAGACGGCUAUUAUACAAAUUGAUACGGCUUUCUUAGGUGAUGAGCUGCCCUAAACAUUUUAAAAUAUUCAGUGAUGGAAAGAAAUGCACACAGGUGGAGUAAUCUAGUCGCAUUGUACCUUUUUGAUGUAAGACUUUUCCUUCACUGAAAGGCCUCAUCUCACAUGUGCACGUGUGUGCGCGUGCACACACACACACACACACACACACAGUUGAGCAGGAGUUUCUCCUACAGUCUCAAGUUUUGCCAAAGUUCAACCUGGCUAGCCUUCAGCAGCGAGGCUCUCUCACCAAGACUAGGUUACUGAUAGAAAGUUUUAAAGCAUCAAUUCCUUUCUCAGAACUUGCUUUCCUCAUUUCACUAGAGAAUUCCUGGUCCCCUUGCUCCUAGAUGCUACUGGACUCACUAAUACUGAAAUAGCUUAGCUGGUGAAAGACAAAUCAAUUAUUCUUCAGAUAGAGUGCUUAGAAUUUAGAUUUGCGAUCAGUGUUUUUGUUUUGUGUGAAAUACUUGAGUACUGCUAUUAUGAUUCUUGUUAUCCAGAUUAGAAGAUGUGUACAUAAAACUGAAGAUUUUCUUGUCCUAGUGCUUAUUCUUCAUAGAGUAACACAAUAUGAAGAAAUCCAAUUUUUUGGCUUUUUUUUUAAACUCCCAAGUCUGCCUAGUGGUAGGAAAAAACCUCAAUAGUGUUUGUCACCAUGAUAUCUGCUGACUUUAAUCAUCCAAAUAAAAUAAGUAUCAGGAAUCUUCAUCUAAUAUUCUUUCAAACUUGUUCGUCCUGAAUAUUAACAGUGCUGGUACUUACUGUCCAACAUACUAUGGUAAUUGUAUUUAAUAGUAAAAAAAUAUAUAAGCAAUGUUUUUUAAAGGGAGCUCUAAAGAGUUUGGAUUUCUUUUUUGCAGUGUAUAGAGGUUUCAUAUGCAUGAACAUUUGUACUAUUUUAGAUUUUUUUUAAUUAAAAGCAUCUAGGCUCCCAAAGUUCAUUUGUAAAUAGUGGUUUGGAACUCUGUAUAAGAUGAUUAGAUUCUUAGGGAAGUUCAUAAAGGCUUAUUUAAACCGUAAUGUUGUUAACCAAUAGUACCAUGCUGAGUGCUCUGUAGCCUGAGUUUUCUUUAGGGAACCAAUCAAUGUAGGAGGGAAAAAGAAGCAGAGGUCUUUCCUUUUUCCUGAUGUGAUUCAGGAAGGUUAAGUUCUUUGGUCUGAAUGUUUCCCAGUUGCCCUCUUGCCAUCCUAAACUCUCUAGUGGAUUGCCAUAUAAGCCGACUUGCCUUUCCCUUUGUGGAUGCUCUUUGCUUCAGAAUUUCUUAUCUUUCCUCCAAUUGGAAUUCCCAUUUCUUUGUGUGGCUGCGGUUGGCUAGAUUUUAAGGGAAAAGUGUUUUCCACCAAGAUGUGAAUGAAGAUAGUGAAGAAAGUGAGAUUAAAUUCUCUUUUUAAAAAGACUUUAUUCAGAAUGAAUCUUUAAGAUUUCAGACAAUAUGACUAAAUUUCACGCACCAUGGGAAGCAGUAUUUUUAUUGACUUGGCUGUUACUGUCUUGAGAGUACUUCCCAAUUUCCUUUAUAUUGUUGGGACUUUUCACAGUUUCCCUUCCUCUACUUCUGAACCCAGAGUUUUUCUUCUUAUUUCUAAACUUUAGUAACUUCCACUUUUCUCUCUUCCCUUUCUCCGAUAAAGCAGUAUAGAAGUGGUUGGUACAGUGAGGGGAGUUUAGAGGCACGCCUAGAGUAAGGAGGCUAGGGAUGGCAUUAACAUCUCCCAAGACAGUGGUCUGGGGGAAACGAAGGGAAGAAGGUGGCUAUGUGUAAGCCAGACGUUAGUACAUCAGAGGCUGCCUGUAUUUUAUUGAAAGCUUUUAAUGAAACCCAAUGGGUAAGCUUCAUCUUUGUCAUAUUUUGUCAAAAUACAUAACUUGCAGUUACAUUGAAACUUACUCUAAAUACCUGUACUUUUCUUGUUCUGUAGAUGAUGUAGAUGCUGUUGCUUGUUAGUUAAAAUAUCUUUUAUAAAAGAAAGUCCUGCUUCUUAUCAUGAUGUAUGUGACUUAAAUGACUGUUUCAUAUUAAAACUAUUUCUUCCUUAUGUACUGUUUACAUAUACCUCUUUUUGGGAUAUUAGUUCAGUACUUUUAUACAAAUCUGAGUGUGUUCCACAUUGGUGACAUGUAUUUUUGCAGUAAUUUUUUGUUUUGUUCUUAGAGCAUGUCUAAAGUAACACAUGCACUAGUGCUGUGGUCUGUGGCAAAAUUACUGUAAUUCAAAUUGGAAAAUAAAAUGUUUCCAGACUUUGUCCAACAUUUAUUCCUAUGGCAAAGGAAAUUACUAUGUAAUACUAAUUAUUUCUUACGCUGGUAUGUUUAAGCUACUCUAUGAAGUAUGUGAAACAUCAAUAUUUCUGGAUUAGUAGAUGGCCUGAUGUCUUUGAAAGGGGAGAGGGGUAAAAUUUGGUGUUAGCAAUUCAUAACACUCAUAAUACAAUAAAUACUUCUUAAAAGUUUGACCUUCCUCUUGCAGUUAUAAUUUACUAAGGAUUUAUUAUCUUAAUUGACAGUGCAUAUUAGGAUUUUUUUAGCCCGUAUUAUUAAAAUUAUAUACUAGACUUUGAACUUAUUCUGAUAUCUUCCAACCAAAAAAGAUAUCAUUAAUUCACCAUAAUCAAAAUAAGUAGUAAUACUCUUCUCCAUUUAUUAAGAAACUAUUACAAUACAAUAAAACUCCUCUAAUUUACUUAGCAUUUGUAUCCAUUGUUACAAGGACUUGAAUGGUGUUUACUUGGUACUAUCUGAUGAAAAGACUUGUUAAUAAAACUCAGAAUCAAGAUUUUCAAGAAAAAUGUUUAAUCUUGGAAAAUUUUUAAGCUUUUUAGAGGAAUUUAUUUAAGAAUACAAUACUAGUUUAAAAGCAUUCUUUUGUCAUUAAAACAAGUAGCCAAAAGAAUUGUAGUAGGUAAUACUUGGCCAAUGCAAAUUUGUAUAUUUGAAAGUAUCUGCUUGAAAGAAAAAAGAAAUGUUCGUGAGUGCUUAAACUGCAUAUCUUUUUAAAAUACUCAAAUUGUUAGACUUUAAUCAAUCCAAACUAAACUGAAUUAAUAAGCUUUUACUACAUCAGUGAUGUAUAUUACAAGAUAAGUGUCUACCUAUGUUAUGUUAAUGAUAUCUCUAUACAGCAUCAUUUUUGGCAUGGUUGUAUAUUUUGUACAUUUGAUUGUCAACUAUUGAUAGGACUGACAUAGCAAUAAAUCUCAUUCAGUUCUUAAUAUUUUUUUUAAAUGGCAGAUACCAUACUGUGUCAUAAUCCUAUUAUAUUUUACUUGAAUACCCAGUGUUUUUAUGGGUUUAUUUUUUGUGUUAAAAAUUUAGUAUCACAUGUUAGGGGUUUAUUUUCUCCUGGUUAUUUUCACAUAGAAUCUUUUAGAACUGGGUCUAUUUCUAUUUAAAUCAUAGAGGUUUAAAGAAGUAUUAGUAUUAAGUGAUUAAUGAAUUGCUCUGUGGAAAAAUUUAAGUAUGAAAUGACUAGGUUACCCCCAAAUUGUUUAUUUUCUUUACAUGGUUAAUGUACAGGUUUCAGUUUUCAGAGAAAUAAAAUUGGCUUAGUAACUGAUUGAGUAUAGUAGAUAAAGGGUAGUUUGACUGUCUAAGGGCUUCCAAGUUUUAAACCAAAUAAUUCUCAAUUCUGAAUUACUUUUUAGUAAUUACUAUAAAUAGUGGUAAGCCAGUUCUCCCUUUUCUUUUAAAGAUAUUUAACUCUCACAGUUUACUCCUUCUGAUCCCUUUUCCUUCUUCUUAAACACCAUGCUAGAAUUUAAAAUUGGGGGAGUUUAACUUACCUUCCACAUUUUAGUUUUUUAUUCUAUAGAUAAGUAGUAAGACAAGUAAAGGUUCUACUAUCAAAACAGUCCGUGUUAUUGUUGGCCAUUCUUUUCAGGGAUUGUGCUAAAUGUCAUGUGUGCAUUGUAUAAAGAAUGUUAUCAGUAUAUAGACCUACCUUUAGUAGAAAUUAUGUACGGCAGGCUUUCUUGAACAAUAUGUAUUGUAAGUUUCCUAUCGUGUUAUGCUUCAGAUUCUUUUAAAUAAAGCUAGUUUUUAAAGAGAAAAA